AUGACCGCACCACCAUACAUGAGCAAUGAUCGCUUCAUCUGGACCACUGACAAACCCGAUGCGGAACUUAUUGAACCUGAAGUUUUAGCAUCAAUUGAUAAAAAUUGGCUAACUUUUAGUUUACAGAAAGAUUAUCCUCCUCAAUCUCAUACUUUCACGUUGUAUAAUCACGGCGAUCACGCUUUUGCGUUCAACAUUUCAACAAGUGACAAUUAUGCUUAUUUCGUAUCACAGGUACAAGGUGUAGUAUUCGGUCGUCAAUUACAUGCUUUACCAUUUGUGCGAACCACUAAUUCAACGACAAUAACUGUCUAUCGAAGGCCUACGAAUGCUUUCAAAGUGGACGAGGACUAUCCUCCCCGAAAAGAUCGUUUAUUUAUUUAUUUGGCACCAAUUUUUCAUUGGAAAACUCAGCCGACAUCCGUAUUUAAUCACACAAUGCCUUAUGAAAAAUUAAGAAUUUGUUUGAAUUAUACGGCUCAGAGUACAUGCGAAGGUUCAACUUUUUCGUUGCAACAAAAACGUAAUGGAUGGAAUACAUGGCUUCAGAAAGCUCGACAUUAA